GAGAAAGAAGGUGCAGCAAUGGCAAUGGGGAAGCCGCGCGCCGUCCUUGUUGCCUUCGCUUUGCUCGUCGUGCUCGAUCGAGGCCUCGUGCGCGCCAAUUUCUACGACGAGUGCGACGUUACCUGGGGACCGCAGAACACUGCCAUCUGGGGCAACGGCGAGAACCUCGCGCUUUCGCUCGACUCUGAUCACAUAGGUUCCGCAAUUCGAACAACAAAGCAGUUCCUCUUCGGAUCCGUAGAGAUGGAAAUUCAGCUGGUUCCUGACAACUCUGCUGGAACUGUCGCCGCAUACUACACAUCUUCGUUGGGCGACUACCAUGACGAGAUCGAUUACGAGUUCCUCGGAAACGAAACCGGACAACCGUACACCAUCCACACGAAUGUGUUCGGUAAAGGCCAAGGAAACAAGGAGGUGCAAUUCAAGCCAUGGUUCGACCCGACCGAGGAUUACCACAACUACACCAUCUUCUGGAGCCCAACUGAGAUUGUGUGGUUCAUCGACCAGAUCCCGAUCAGAGUCUACAGAAACUACGAGAGCGCCGGCGCCCCGUUCCCCACCAACCAGCCGAUGAGGAUGUACUCCAGCAUCUGGAAUGCGGACGACUGGGCGUGCCAGGGCGGGCGGGUCAAGACAGACUGGAGCAAAGCGCCGUUCGUCGCCAAGUACCGGAACCUGAAGCUGGACGUCUGCGAGUGCGAGAGUGCAGACAGCAUUUCCCAGUGCUACUCAUCUUCCAACUGGUACAAUGGAUGGCAGUACUCCAAGCUGACCGCCGCGCAGCUGGGCCAGAUGAAUUGGGUGCAGCAGAACUACAAGAUCUACGAUUACUGCACCGACUACAAGAGAUUUAACGGCCAGAUGCCCGUCGAAUGCUCUCUGCCGCAAUACUGAUGACGGGCCGGGAAAAUUGCGAAAUUUGCAGUCCCUUCAAUGUUAUCUACACAGAUGACUUUUGUGAUUUUUGUUUCCUACAUUUUCUAUCUCACUAAUUAUCUAUCGAAAUAAAUCUAUAUUUCAGCUUAUGUUUGUCCAAGAUAUGUAUUCCGAUUACGAAACAAAAAAAAAAAAAAUGCUACA